AUGUUCAUUGCACGCUCAGAAUAUGACCGUGGUAUCAACACUUUCUCCCCCGAAGGUCGUUUGUUCCAGGUCGAAUACUCUCUCGAAGCUAUCAAGCUAGGUUCUACGGCGAUCGGUGUUGCCACGUCGGAGGGCGUUAUUCUCGGUGUUGAGAAGCGUGUCACAUCAACACUCUUGGAGGCAUCAUCCGUUGAAAAGAUUGUGGAAAUUGAUCAGCACAUUGGCUGCGCCAUGUCUGGUCUUCAAGCUGACGCCCGCAAUCUUGUUGAACACGCCCGGGUCGAAUGUCAAAAUCACGCCUUCCACUAUGCCGAGCCUCUCCGCGUUGAGAGCACAACUCAGGCUAUUUGUGACUUGGCUCUCCGCUUUGGAGAGAGUGGCGAUGAUGAGGGGAGCGUGAUGAGUCGGCCAUUCGGCGUUGCCCUGCUGAUCGCCGGAUACGACGAGGAUGGGCCUCAGCUAUACCACGCGGAACCCUCGGGUACUUUUUACCGUUACGAUGCCAAAGCGAUCGGCUCGGGAAGUGAAGGCGCCCAGGCCGAACUACAGAACGAAUAUCACCGGUCCCUGACAUUGGCCGAAGCUGAAUCAUUGGUCCUGAAGACAUUGAAGCAGGUGAUGGAAGAGAAGCUGGAUGCGAAGAAUGUGCAACUGGCGAGUGUGACAAAGGAGAAAGGUUUCCGGAUCUACAAUGAUGAGGAGAUGGGCCGCGCUGUGGCACAACUGGGUGGAAACCAAUAA